AUGCUGAACUGCACGUGGACAGUUUAUUCCAUUUCAGGAAAUAGGUUGAAAGCUGUGAUCAGAGACUUGGUAACAGAGAAUGCAAGAGACUGCAUUUGGGACUCUUUGAACAUCUAUGAUGGCCCAAAUCACUCUUCAGGGCUCCUCGCUAGUUUAUGUGGCCAAAAAAAGUCUCUCAGCCUGUUAUCAAGCAGCAGCUACCUGACUCUACAUUUCAAGACGGACAGGUCUGUGGGGAACAGAGGCUUUAAAAUUCUGUUUGAAGAGGUGAAUCAGUGGCCAGCACAGAAGAGUAGGAGUGGCAUAGAACUUGAAAGCAAAUACAAAUGUGGCAUUUCAGUGGUGGAUCCAUUCCCAGUGGACAAGUCUGAGAUGAAUGUGAAAGCAGUCAGUGAAGAGCCAGGCAAGCCAAGGGUGGUUGGGGGCAGCCCAGCACUUCAAAUGUCCUGGCCCUGGCUGGUCAGUCUACAAUACGAGAAUGAGCACUUCUGCGGAGGCUCUCUGAUUGCUGAGAAGUGGGUCCUAACAGCUGGACACUGUAACUUCAGUGCUCAGACAGACAGGAUAGUUCUGGGGAAAACCUAUUUGUUGCCAAACCUAAAAGGCAACAACCCUGUCCUUGUGAAAGCUGUGCACACGCACUAUAACUUCAGUGGAUUUCCUUCCAGCAAUGACCUCUCUCUCUUGGAACUGGAGAAACCCAUCAAACUCGGAGACUCUAUAGCAAUAAUUUGCUUACCAGAUAGGGAUGAGGAAAUAAGCAUUGAUGCAAGAUGCUUAACGGCAGGAUGGGGAGCAACAGAACCGGGCAAGGAUGAAUACUCCAUCAGGCUGCAGCAGACAAAUAUACCUCUCCUCUCCAAUGAGGCCUGUGUGAGCUACUGGGGACAGGAUAUUAAAAAUACCAACAUUUGUGGUGGAGCUGCUGGAGCAACUGCUUGCUCGGGAGAUUCUGGAGGGCCACUGAUAUGCAUAAUAAAUGGUUAUUAUAAGCUGAUCGGCGUUGUGAGCUGGGGCAGUGAUAAUUGCCAUCCAAAGUCACCAACGGUUUAUACCAGAAUUUCUGCCUACAGGGAUUGGAUUUCCUCAGUCACUAAUGGAAAAGUGUGAUUGCUGAACUGAACUCUUAUUUAUUCCUUUUUAAAUGGGGAGGAAUGUGUGAAAUAUGCCUGGUAAAAAUACCCAAUAAAUAUGGCAGCAUCUGUCACAUACCCUGAUUUUCUUUAAACAUCUAAAGUGACUCUGCUAUCUCAGCUGUCUUCUUCUAAUGGUAAAUCUAACACUCUGGCAACUCUAGCAUGAAAAAUCCAUCUCCCAAAAGGUGUAUGUACAUGAAUACACAUCUCUCCUUACAUGGUUAGCAUUGCCAUUAUUAGGGCCAAAUUCUCUGCUGGUUUAAAUUAGUGCAGUUCUUCUGAAGUCAAGAGCUGCAUUAAUGUACAAACAAUGUGUUUGUUUAUAAAUAAAUAAUAAA